GCGGGAGGAGGGGUGGGAGAGCCGGGACCUGCGAGGCCGGGUUUGACAGGAGGGAGGCAGGCAGGGAGAGCCGCCGGCGCGGGGAAGGGGGAUGGCGGCAGCGGCGGCCCGAGGAGGGGAGGUGGCAUCGGCGGUGUGAGGGACGGCUCUGCCCGCUGCGGCCGGAGGCCGCCGCUCCGCCGAGCCGGGCCGCAUCAUGGGCAGCGCCGACUCCAAGCUCAACUUCAGGAAGGCGGUGAUCCAGCUCACCACCAAGACCCAGCCUGUGGAGGCAACGGAUGACGCCUUUUGGGACCAGUUCUGGGCAGACACAGCCACUUCAGUGCAGGAUGUCUUUGCCCUUGUACCAGCUGCAGAGAUCCGAGCAGUGAGAGAAGAAUCACCUUCAAACUUGGCGACUCUGUGUUAUAAGGCUGUGGAGAAGCUGGUGCAGGGAGCAGAGAGCGGCUGCCACACAGAGAAGGAGAGGCAAAUCGUCUUGAACUGCUGCCGGCUCCUCACCCGUAUCCUGCCUUACAUCUUCGAGGACCCCGAUUGGAGAGGUUUCUUCUGGUCAACUGUCCCCGGGGCUGGCCGAGGAGGGGGAGAUGAAGAUGAUGAAAAUGCCCGGCCACUGGCCGAGUCGUUGCUCCUUGCUGUUGCAGAUCUGCUCUUCUGUCCUGAUUUCACUGUGCAGAGCCACCGGAGAAUCACGGUGGACACAGCAGAAGAUAUCCACUCCAUCGACAGCUGUGAGUACAUCUGGGAGGCAGGAGUGGGCUUUGCUCAUUCUCCACAGCCUAACUACAUCCAUGACUUGAAUAGGACAGAGCUGCUUAAGCUGCUGCUGACAUGUUUCUCUGAGGCCAUGUAUCUGCCUCCCUCCUCGGACAGCAGCAAUGCCAACCCCUGGGUGCAGUUCUUCUGCUCUACAGAGAACAGACAUGCGCUCCCACUCUUCACCUCACUCCUGAACGUCGUCUGUGCCUACGACCCGGUGGGUUACGGGAUUCCUUACAAUCACCUGCUUUUCUCUGACUACCGUGAGCCCCUGGUGGAGGAGGCAGCCCAGGUGCUGAUUGUCACUUUGGACUAUGACAGCUCUACUAGUUCAAGUCCCAGUGUGGAUGGCACGACCACUGGCACGGCCAUGGAUGAUGUGGAUCCUCCGGGACCAGACAAUCUGUUUGUGAAUUACCUCUCAAGAAUACACCGAGAGGAGGAUUUCCAGUUCAUCCUGAAAGGAGUGGCCCGCUUGUUAUCAAACCCGCUGGUCCAGACCUACCUGCCAAACUCUGCCAAGAAGAUCCAAUUCCAUCAGGAACUCCUCGUCCUCUUCUGGAAACUCUGUGACUUCAACAAGAAAUUCCUUUUCUUUGUGCUGAAGAGCAGUGAUGUUCUGGACAUCCUUGUCCCAAUCUUGUAUUUUCUCAAUGAUGCCAGAGCAGACCAGUCACGAGUGGGCUUGAUGCACAUUGGGGUCUUUAUCCUCCUGCUUCUCAGUGGGGAGCGUAACUUUGGAGUUCGACUGAACAAGCCGUAUUCUGUACGAGUGCCUAUGGACAUCCCUGUCUUCACAGGGACACAUGCAGAUCUGCUCAUCAUAGUCUUUCACAAGAUCAUAACCAGCGGGCAUCAGCGGCUGCAGCCUCUCUUUGACUGCCUGCUCACCAUUGUUGUGAACGUGUCUCCAUACCUAAAGUCUCUCUCAAUGGUGGCUGCUAACAAGUUAUUGCAUCUCCUGGAAGCUUUUUCCACCACCUGGUUCCUGUUCUCUGCUGUCCAAAAUCACCAUCUUGUUUUCUUCUUGCUGGAAGUUUUCAACAACAUUAUCCAGUACCAGUUUGAUGGGAACUCAAAUUUGGUCUAUGCUGUUAUCCGCAAGCGGAAUGUGUUUCACCAGCUGGCCAACUUACCCACGGACUCCCAGUCCAUCCAGAAAGGUCUGCAGCGCAAGAAGAAAACUCCUGAGCCGAUUUCUCGCACCAACUCCCAGGACGGGGUCUCCAUGGAAGGGUCACGUCCUGCUGCCCCUGCUGAACCAGGGACACUGAAGACUAGUUUGGUGGCUACUCCAGGAAUUGACAAGCUCACGGAGAAGUCACAGGUGUCAGAGGAUGGGACCAUGCGUUCACUGGAGCCAGACUCUUCACAGUCUCCACCAGAGGGUAACCCCCCCUCAGCUGUGAGCGAUGGGGAGCCCUGGAGUGGGAAGCUUGAUGAGGACACGACACUGAAUCUGAACAGGCUGAACGAUAAGGAGGCAUCACAUCCCCAACGGGAUCGAAGGCGUCUCUCUAGUGCAUCCUCCAGUGGACAGUGGACCCCAACUCCUGACUGGGUGAUGUCUUGGAAGUCAAAGCUUCCCCUGCAGACAAUCAUGCGGCUCUUACAGGUGCUGGUCCCUCAGGUGGAGAAGAUCUGCAUUGACAAGGGUCUCACUGAUGAAUCAGAGAUCCUCAAAUUCUUGCAGCAUGGCACACUGGUGGGGCUGCUACCUGUACCUCACCCCAUCCUCAUUCGCAAGUACCAGGCUAAUUCGGGCACUGCCAUGUGGUUCCGGACCUACAUGUGGGGAGUUAUUUAUUUGAGGAAUGUGGAUCCCCCUAUCUGGUAUGACACAGACGUGAAGCUGUUUGAAAUUCAACGGGUCUAAGAGAGCACUUACCUCUACCAAGAGAAAUACACUGGAUCUAAGGACUGCUGUGUGCUGCUUCAUCACAGCUAUUCCUGCAUUUCACAUCCAGCUGAGAGACCAAAAGGACAAUCACUUCAUUUACCUCCCUGUCAUUUAAAGCUUUAAUUGGGACCUGCUUUGACAUCCCUCCCCUCAGCUCACUUCUCUUCCCUCACCCUUCACCCUGAACCUUGAGUGAAAGAUGUCUAAGGGAUUGUCUAUUGUUGUGGUUGCACUAGAAAUCAGACCGUUCUUAGCUCUUCUGUUACUCUUUUGCUCCUGGAUGUGGUUUGGAAACCAAUCUGACCCUGUCCUUGCCCUGGUCAGAGUCAGCUCUUAAUUGAAAAAGACUAGCUGUAAAUUGGGUGCAAGGGAGAAGCUGCUAUUCCUGCAGGAGAUGGGGUUUGGAAACUGCAGUUGCUUUCCCGUGGCUCCAUAAAGUUUCCGGGGCAUCCCUUCUGGCUGCAGGUGUCUCCCUGGUGUCCCAGUUGCGUAUUGGUAGGGAAGUCUUUCCCAUCCACAUGAAAGGAGAAGUUGCUGAAGGAAAACCUUGUGUCUCAGUUCUGAAUCUCUCUACUCCUUUCCUGGAAAGCUGCUUAAUAAUUUUUGUAGUAGCUAGUGCUUUGGUGUGGCAUGAGAAGUUUUUCUUGGCUUCCAGGCCUGGCAGCCUGUCCUUCAUGGUGGGCUGUUGCAAUGGAGUGUGUGUCACUUUGGAAAUCUCCACUUAAUCCCAUGAGCACACAGGGAGGAAGGGACUGGCUCAGUGAGAGCAAGGAAAAGAGAUGUGACUGUUAAACUCUGUCUUCUCCCCUUGACUGAAAGGACAGUGUCAUCUGGGUUUGAAAGGAACCAUAUCCUUCCAUCAUCGCUUGGCAGGCUGAUGCAAUGCAGGGAGUGGAAGGGUCUUUUGCACACUACUGUCUAAGGCAGGGGAUCGAGGGAGGCACUCAGGGAAGUUGAAGGAGGAAUUUGGAAGUUGUAGGAGGAAAAGCAUCUCCAUGUCAGUAGGGAGUGGAGACUGCUGAGGCAAAGUUCAAUUCUUCAGGGCAUUUUGCUAGUGACCAGGUCAUCAGAUCUUGAAUGUAUUAGGUCCCAAGCAUGCAGAGUGUGGGAAGCCAGAAUUAGAAUUUGUGGGAGACCCACUGUUGCUGGCUUGCUUCAGCAGCAUGGGGUUGCACAUUGGUAGGUGAAGGCAUCCUGGGGUUUGAGUCAGAUAUUGUGUUCUGCUGGGAGGGGCUGCUGUCUUAGAGCUGUGUGGUCUUUAGACAAGGAAAUGUGAGGGGUCCUGUUAUGAAUGGAGACCCUUCCCUCUCCAUCUAAGCUUAGUCCUUGGUGUUCUGGUAUUCAGGCUUGUGGGAGGAUCACUGGCCAUGAGCUGUUUCUCACAGCCUAGAACCAGUGAGAUCAUUCCAUGGAAACUGGUCUUGUAUGUUAAAGUAAGGGGACAGGUAUGGCACACACUUCUGUGUCUUGUAACGCUCGCCUAAGUUUUUAAGCUAGAGUGAUAGCAACGUGACCAUCCUCUCCUAGAGAGAGUGCUGCUCUAGUGUACUGCUGGCUUGUAUUUGGGUGGCUUCCUCCUUUGGGCACUCAAAGUGGACUGGAGUCCCAGGCCAGUAGAAAGUGGAAAUAAAACCUGAAUGGUUUUCUGAAGGAUAGGAGAUAUAUGAAACAGAGAGAGGUUCUUCCCCCACCUGCUUCCCAUCUCCAGCUCAGUUUGCCAUCUAGCACUACUCCCAUCCAGACCCUAUCUCUUUUCAGAUGUAAACAGGGUGAGGUCUCUGUUUUACUUGGAAUCUCUCUCGUAUAUAAGAAUGUGAUUUGGUGGGGCCAGCCUCUGAUUGUAUGGCACUUGUACCUCACAGCUGGAAUGGGGCAUGCUGUGUCCCACAUGCUUGCCUCUUCCCUCCCAUGGAUCUGCUGGUUCUCAUGAUCUCUUCUGUCCUCUCUUUUCUGCUUUGUUUCUUUGUGAGUUCUUCUGGAAACCUUUUUGUUUGUUUCUUGGUGUUUGGAGUCUGAUCCUUGUUCCGUGGAAAUCAACUUGCACUGUAAACUAUUUGCUUACUUACAGAAAGAAAGAUAAAGAUUAUCUGAAACAUGCA